AUGAAAAAAAGCUUCCCCAAGUUUGCCUGCCGCUUGGUCCGUCUCCAUGGCAACGGUGACACGGGCCGUCCGCGGCCCCUGCGUUUCCCUCCGCGGGUGGAGUUAGUGCGCAACUUCAGCCGCGCGCAGGCAUCGCGUCCGCUGUGUGUGCCACCGUGCCACGGAUGGUGCAUCUUUAAUUUCUCAACUGGUAAACAGCGUGAAGCCAUGCAGGUGGAGAGGAAAUGGCACAUACUGUUGACUAUAUUCCUUCUGCUCAUUACCUCGGGUCAGUGUAUGGACAGCAAAGAGGUCAAGCAGAAAGAGAGAAGGACCCUCUUGGAUCUAAUUUUACAGGUUAUCAGAGACAGCCAGCAACGGGACAAAUCGGUGUCCAAGCGGUGUGGCAGUGGACUCCACAACCCAGGACAAGACAUGAAGUUCUCCUCCAGUGAAAAACCUUUCUAUGUCCCUAGGCUGGAUAACAGUAGACUCAUAGAUAUUGUUCCUAGAGAUGCAAACAUGAAAGGAAAAUUUAUUCAGCAUUUUGGAGGACAAGUCAAGUUCUCGUCGGAAUGUAAAACACACUUUCAUAGACUCUAUCACAACACAAGGGAUUGCUCAAGACCCGCAUGUACAUUACAAAAGAUGUGCAAGAUUGCUAACACGAUUAGCAAUGAGUCCACUCUGCAUGCAAUCUUAGAUAUUGCAUGUCCCAGCAUAAUGGAAGAGGGAUUAAUGUGUUGCCAAGGAAGUGCCUUUGAACCCACAGCAGUCAUACAAACAUUGUUGUGUUUAUAGUGUCUCUAUUUUUGUUGUCAUUGUUAUCAUUAUUGAACAAUGUUUUUUAAUGGGUUUCUUUUUCUCCUAAUGGGCCUGUAUGCACCAUGUAUUUGUAAGGAAAUAUUAAUUUAAUAUUAAAUGCACCUAUUUAUUGAAAGGAAAUGUAUAUAAUUAUUUCACAAUCAUUCUAAAUUGAAUUAUGUUGGUCUUAGAAGUGCAGAUUGUGAUGGACAGGGAG